ACCGGUAACGACUUCACAAGCCGAGAGGUAGAAACGAAAAAAAGCUCGCGGAGGUUCGCGCCUCUGUGUGUCGGCUACUUCGCCUUCGCAAUUUUCUUUCUUACAAUGGCGGAUUGCGGAGGCAAGGCCGCAGCAUCUAUUCUAAGACGGAGUUUCCCUCUGAGCAAUCGGAUAAGCCUCCAGAUAAGCGUCGGAGAUCUGACAAAGUGCUCCGUAGACGCAAUCGUAAAUGCGGCGAACGAACGCAUGCUGGGUGGCGGUGGAGUGGACGGGGCUGUGCACAGAGCUGCAGGGCCCCAAUUGUACGAGGCAUGUAGAGCUGUCCCAGAGGUACGCCCAGGUGUGAGGUGCCCUACAGGGGAGGCCCGCAUAACGCCAGGAUUCAAAUUGCCUGCCCGGUAUGUUGUGCAUACUGUCGGACCAAUAUAUAAAAAUGACAAUGAGUCUGCGGCCUUGCUCCGCGCCAGCCACCUAAGUUCUCUUGAUCUGGCUGUGAAACAAGGGCUGACGUCGGUGGCAUUUCCGGCCGUUUCAUGCGGUAUCUAUGGAUAUCCUGUCAGCAGAGCUUCACACAUAGCUGUCAAAUCUUGUAUCGACUUUGGCGACGAACAGGGUUUGAACUCACCGUUACGAAACAUUGAAUUUGUCCUCUUCUCUCAAGACAUAUACAACGCCUGGGUCGCAGCCGCUGAGGAUCUUGUCCAUCGUUCCACGCGUACUUCAGCCGAAAAUGAAUCUCGAGGCCGCGAGACGUCGACUUCAUCUGGCUCGGCGAGUUCUGAAGUCGAUUUCGACCCGCGGACUCGCGGCGAAAAAGAAAAAUGCGAGAACGCCGACAUCUGAGACA